AUGAAUGGUUCUGGUGGGUUCCGUAAGAGCUCCUUGAUUCGCUGGUGCUUGCAUGUUUCUUACCAUGUGGAGGAGUUUGAUAAUACAGCACGUUACCACGAUCAUCCAGAUAAAGUAAGCAGCAUCAAGUGGCUCAGUCUCCAUGACAGUUCAGUUCCUGCGACAAAAUUGACAAAAGCCUCUAAAGAAGAGCCCGAUGGCAAUUACGAAAUAGAAGAAUUUAGAUCUGCGAUUUCCUCGUUUGAUGCUCAUCAACGUGAAUGCCAGCAACUAGAGGAAACAGAAGAUUCUCAAAUCCCUCUCGUUCUUGAAGAUAUCGAUAGUGUGUUUCGUGAAAUGGUACGAACGCCUGACUAUUUCACAAGCUCGGACUCACAUGAUGAUAUCGAAACAAAAAGUGAGGACAACAGUAUUGUUGCUCUGCCUUGUGAAAUCUUAGGCGAACUGUGUCCGUCUGAUAAAUUGAUGGAACACCAGGAACAAUGUAUCCUAGAGGGAGAAGGCGUUCAGGGUUCUGGUUCAGCCUCCGAAAACGAAGAACCUUUGUACAGAAGGGGUCUACCUCACUUCCGGUUCUCGGUACUCCGUCAGAAUCUGUUGAACAACGGGAGAGAAGAUGACCCCUUCACUUUUGCGAAUUUUACAAUGGAAGGAGUCCCUUAUGAUCUCAUGGCAAACAUUUUCCGCGACCUGGAAGAUCGACGAUGGCCAUUUGAAAUGAUGAGGAAUAUGUGGUCGCGAACUUGA